AUGUAUUCCACCAUCAUUAAUCCCUUUAGAAGCUCGAAACUCAAUGGGGUGGGUGGUACUAACUGUUUUGGAGGGAGAGCAAGUUCCUUGAAGAUGAUUGAUGACAAACAUGCGUUUCCAAAUACUUCCCACAAGAUCGCUCAUGUCCCCCAAAUUCGAUGUUUGGCAAACUCUCACAAUAUCAAUCAGUUCAACAACAAAGAUCAGUUUCUGAAUCUGCAUCCAGAGGUUUCCAUGCUUAGAGGCGAGGGAAACAACACAGUGAUUAAGGAUAGCAGUUUGGGUGGAAACGUUACUGAGAUUUUGAGAGAUUCAACAAGUCCAGGUAAUUACAAUGAGGCUAAGAUUAAAGUAAUUGGUGUUGGUGGUGGUGGAUCAAAUGCAGUUAAUCGUAUGAUUGAAAGUGAAAUGAAGGGUGUUGAGUUUUGGAUUGUGAAUACUGAUGUUCAAGCCAUGAGAAUGUCACCUGUUUUCCCUGAGCAACGGUUGCAGAUUGGUGAAGAGUUGACUCGUGGACUUGGUGCUGGUGGUAAUCCUGAUGUUGGUAUGAAUGCUGCUAAAGAAAGUAGAGAAUCCAUUGAAGAAGCUGUUUAUGGUUCAGAUAUGGUUUUCGUGACUGCUGGGAUGGGUGGAGGAACAGGUACUGGUGGGGCCCCUGUGAUCGCUGGUGUGGCAAAGUCAAUGGGAAUUUUGACCGUUGGUAUUGUGACAACACCCUUCUCUUUUGAGGGCCGAAGAAGAGCUGUUCAAGCACAAGAAGGAAUUGCAUCGUUAAGGGAAAAUGUCGACACUUUAAUUGUCAUUCCAAAUGACAAAUUAUUAACUGCAGUUUCCCCUUCUACCCCUGUAACCGAAGCUUUUAAUCUCGCUGAUGAUAUUCUUAGACAAGGUGUUCGUGGUAUCUCAGACAUAAUCACGAUUCCAGGACUGGUAAAUGUUGAUUUUGCUGAUGUAAGAGCUAUCAUGGCAAACGCAGGCUCCUCAUUAAUGGGGAUAGGAACUGCAACCGGGAAGACUAGGGCUAGAGAUGCUGCAUUGAAUGCCAUUCAAUCACCUUUGCUAGAUAUUGGUAUUGAGAGGGCUACUGGAAUUGUCUGGAAUAUAACUGGUGGUAGUGAUUUGACAUUGUUUGAGGUAAAUGCUGCAGCCGAGGUUAGCAUAACCCUUAUAGCAACCGGAUUCAAGCGGCAAGAAGAAAGUGACGGAAGGACUCUACAGCAGCAGGGGGGUCAGGCAGAUGUGGCUGGAAUGAACCGAAGAUCACCAGCCUUCACGGAAGGCGGCUCAGUAGAAAUCCCCGAGUUUCUAAGGAAGAAAGGACGGUCACGCUACCCACGAGCUUGAACUUGUGAAUUUACCUUUUUGCCCAUGUGAUAUAAUACUACUGAAAUAUGGUUGUGUAGGUAGAGAAAAUUGUUGCCACUGGUAGCAAAAACAAAAAAAAAUGGUUUAAGAGAGCAUUAUUAUGCAACAUGUCUUUAUCCAAUAAAAAGUUGUAGGAAGUGAAUGACAACUAUUUUUUAUAUUAUUGUUUGUGGCUAGCAAGAGGUUAGAGAUUUUUAGUUGAACAUUGUGGAAAGAUUUAUUAUAUAUACAUGUUUGAUUGUUUUGUUAGUAUUAA